AUGGAAACUGCCGUUCGUAAAGCAACUCGUCUCGAGUACCGUCCACCCAAAGAAAAGCAUCUACAGACACUCAAGAAUUUGACGUUUGAGAAUCCAGCAAGCAUUGAUGGCAUUCUGAUGAAUCUCGAAAAGAGAUUAAAGGAGCGUUCUUGGAUUAUUACAUAUAAGGUGCUAGUCAUAUUGCACUAUUUAAUGCGUGAGGGUAACUGUGCUCAAGUGGUGGAUGCUAUGAUAAAACGACCUAGUGUAUUGGAUGCUAGCAGAAUCAAGAACAAAUCCCACACACCUGCUAAUGUACAAAAUAUCUACUUGUACAGGGCUUAUUUGGAUGAGCGAGUUAUUGCAUUCAGACACUUGCGAAGGGAUUAUGUAGCCGCAUCAUCCAGCAAAGAGGAAGGCCGUCUGCGUCAUUUGCUCGUGAAAGACGGUUUACUCAAGGAAACUGCUGCAUUGCAGCGUCAGAUGGAGUCCGUGCUGAAAUGCAAGUUUUAUCUUGACGAAAAGGACCCUCAGAUUACUUGGUUUGCAUAUAGGAUGGUGAUUGAAGAUCUUUUAGCUCUGUUUCAGGCGGUAAAUGAAGGCGUGGUCAACAUUUUGGAGCACUACUUUGAGAUGAAUAAGGCAGAUGCUACUACUGCUUUGAACAUUUACAAGACCUUUGCUCAACAAACAGAGCUGACAAUUGCCUAUCUGAACGACGCAAGAAAGCUAGAGAACGAUAUUCAACUAGCAAUUCCGCCUAUCAAGCAUGCACCACUAUCACUCGCUGCAGCUUUGGAAGAGUAUUUGAACGAUGGUUCGGCCGAACAAGUGGAUAUCAGCCAAGCUAAACCUUUGUCUUUAGCUAUACAAAGUUCAGACCAGAGGUCUUCAACUGUGAGUCAACUAGCAUCGCAACAACCACCCUUCCAGCCAUCAAUGCAGCAGCCAAUGCAGCAGCAACAAGUGUAUACUCAGCCUCAAGUACAAAACGAUCCAUUCAGUAUCCAGCAGCAGCAGCAGCAAGCGACUAUGGAUGCAGCAUUCUCUACUGUCAACAGACAAUCCUCCUUCUCUCUUCCUCGACAACGACCACAAGGGCUUGAGAUAUCGCCACAAGCAUCUUCUCCUAUGCAAGCACCAAAUCCAUUUUUGACUACCAUGUCUCAAUCACCCAUUAACGCCAACUUUAAUUCGCCUUUUGCAACCAUCAGUGCGCAGAGUACAUCCUCGCCGUAUGCAGCAACAGCAACAGCAAGAUCAUCUACAUUCUCGCCUGCCAUGGGUCAUGUAAACGAUAGCAAUCCCUUCAGGUCCAUGAGUAUGAGCUCCCCUCAGAGAUAUACAACAAGCUUAUCCAGUAUGAAUUUCAGCUCGCCCACAGAACAACCACCGCAACAAAUCAUGGUCGCCAAACCAGUGCCUUACCAAGCAUUUCAGCAACCACAAGCGACUGGAAACAAUCCAUUCUCUCCAGUGACACCACCGCUGACACCCAAUCGACCCUUGAAUGUCUUCAUGGGCCCUCAACAGCAGCAGCAACAACAGCCAUUAGCACCCUCUAAUCCCUUCAUGGCACUCCAAUCUCAACAGCAAAACACACUCAACACUGCUAAUGCAAACUACCAACACUCUUCUGCAUUUUAA